AUGCAUCUUGCUCUACCACUCUUUCUCUUCAGCUUUGUUGUAUUACAACAAAUAAUUCAUGUGGAAUCAUUAGGAUCACCUUAUCAACAUUCUGAUAAUCAAAUAGGUCGAUCAAAUAGUGCCCGACGUCUACGAGCUCCACUUAUGGGUCGUUCAUUAUUAUCAGUAUCAGAAACAAAUGAUGAUAAUAGUCAUCACAGCAAUAAUGAAUGGUAUCGUCAGAAUAAUAAUGAUGGUGAAAAUUCAGUUGUACUCAAAAAGCGACGAUAUGGCGCACCAUUAUUUGGUCGACGAUGGGCACCUGCAACACGGCGAGGACCACUUCUUGGUUGA